ACGUGUUAUUGUAUUAAUUAAGUGCUAGGAUGUUUGGUUAUUUUAUUAUUUAAGUGCAAUAAUUGUUUACAGAACUUGAAACAAUUACAGCAAUAAUUGAAAUAGCAGUUUCAGCUCUCUAAGAGUUAAGACUCUUAAGUUAUUCUUUAUUAGAUAAUUUAAACAAUCACUCAGUAUAUUUUGCCGAUAAAAGCUGCGUUUUCGAUGCGAAUUACACCAGAGCAUUUGCAAGGUUGUGUUUCAGUGUUAAUAUUGAAAAGGGAUAAAAUUGUGCAGUAUGUGUGAUAUUGAGACUCUGUUUUCCUGUGAAAAAGUGCUUAACGGUGCUGAUAUUUAAGAUACAGUUCUUGAAAAGUCUUGGAUAUAGAGUUGCAAAAAAAGUGUAGUGACAUACAAAUUUGGCCAUAGCUUUUCAUGUAAGGAAACUCCAGUGUUUGGUGGUCAGAAUCUGAAAGGAUUAAUUAAUGUUAUGACAGAUUUAUUGUUCAUUAAUUAUACUUGCUAUAGUAUUAUUGAAAGAAUGACUUAAGAAAACUGAUCAAGUACUCUUUUGCAUGAACAGUGAGGAGCCGUGUCUGUGAUUUCAUUAUGGCAGGUGGCGGGAAACAGAGUGGCUGACAGAACCACAAAACUGAAGGAUGGAGUUUGAAGAUGACAGUAGGUUCGGCGCGGACGUGGAACCUGAUAGUGACCUUGAAGAUUCAGAGUCGGACUCUCAGCUCAGCCAGUGGCUUAGCGAACUGGAAAACUAUGCCAAGGGAAAGGAGCCACCUUUGGCCAGGACAGUGGUCACACCAAAAAUGGCCAUGGACAGUUUCCGGUAUUCCUUCAUGAGUGAGGGGACGGAAGUAAAUUUUGACGCCAUUCUUGGUGAACUCUGUGAACUGGAGAGCCAACUGGUAGGGGCCGCCAGCCCCACCCACAGACGAGGGGGAGGAGCCCAAUAUGGCCAAUCCCAUAGUCACCUUGACCCCAGAUCCAUGGACAUCCCCACCCAUCUCAAUAACGGCCACGCCAACCCUCAUCUACGUCGACCAAACACUGAACUCGAAUGUUUCCGGACUCAUUACCCUGGCGAUCUUGGCGGUUAUUCAGAUGCCAUGUUGGAUAUUCAGGACACAGAUUCAGCUUUCUCGGAAUCGGCGUCCCUCCCGUCAUCGGAAUCGUUCACGUCAAUGGUGACGGUGUCGUCAUCAACUGAGGGGGCGGGGCAAGGGGACACGGCUAGCACAGGAAGUGGAAGCACUCUCACGCCAAAUACUUUCCAUUGUGAGGAGGAACUUAAAGCAAGAUUGAAAGCUGAGAAGAUUCGUAUAGCUCUAGAGAAAAUCAAAGAAGCCAAAAUCAAAAAGCUGUUUGUGCGAGCGUUCGCCCAUGACGGAAGCAGUAAGAGCAUCAUGGUGGACGAAAAGAUGACGGUGCUGGAAGUGGUUAUGGCCCUUGCUGACAAGAACCAUGUCACCCUCGACACAAAUAUGGCUGUCAUUGAACAUAUGCCAGAACUUUUUAUGGAACGGAUCCUUGAGGACCACGACUCUCUGGUUGAGAACAUGGUGAUGUGGACGAGAGACACAAAAAACAAAGUCCUGUUUGAGCCAAGACCACAGAAGUAUGACCUCUUCAAAUCUCCAGAGCGUUACUUGCUGGUGUCCUCGGCGUCAGAAAGAGGGGCGUGUCUGGAUCCACGAAGGAGAGAAAAUUUGAUACAGGAGUUUUUCUCUGGUGCUGGAGGCAGAGUUCCAGAGGUUGAAGGCGUCUUGUACCUGAAAGCGGACGGCAAAAAGGCGUGGAAGAAAUACUUCUUUGUGUUACGAGCCUCGGGACUGUAUUAUAAUCCGAAGGGAAAGGUUAGCAAGUGUGCUCGAGAGCUAGUUUGUCUGGUUCAGCUGGACUAUGUUGACCUGUAUACGGGGCUACAUUGGCGUAAAAAGUACCACGCCCCGACUGAUUUCACAUUUGCACUCAAGCAUCCUCAAAUCCAAAAGAAGACUUCCAAAUAUAUCCGCUACUUCUGCGCCGAAAAUAGAGCUGCUCUCGACCAAUGGAUCAUGGGAAUCAGAAUUGCCAAGUAUGGGAAACAACUAUUGACAAACUACCAAAAGUUACAGCAGGAAAUUGCAUGCUGGGAUACCCAUGAGAGUCACGGAAAUUUGACAAGCCAGGACCAACCUGUUGUGCUCCUUAACGAGCAAGGAGAUCUACACGAUAGUCGAUUGUCCAUGCCGGUUUCUCCCGCCAGACAUUCAAUCGUGAAUGUAAAAAACUCAAGUGUUACCGAGUCAGGACACAGCCAUAAAGGUGUUUCGUUACAAUCAGACAAAGUGGAUCACAAACAUUUAGAACGAAAGUCGUCCCUUACAGGGGCGCAGAUUAGCGAACCUUUGAGACUCGAAAAGGGGCCGGUUAAACGAGUUUCGUUCAGUACAACUCACAGAGUAAUCGAUGACCAUGGGGCUGAGUUGCAUCCGAUUCGUCACAGGGACUCGAUUACGAGUGCAUCGACCGACUCCAGCGAGGAUUCGAAUUCUAGUGGAGAAGGGCGGAUGGCUGCGCAACGGGCAAGUAAGUUGCGCCCAAAGCUUCCAGUUACCACAGGAACUACUAAACAGAUCUCAGAAAUGGUGCAGACAUCUAUGGACGGUAGUAGUAUAGGCUCUAUGGAUAGUUCUCUCGAUGAUUGGAAGCCCGGAGUUACGAGCCCGGUGUUGAAAGAAAUGUCAGAACGGCGCAGAAGUGCUCCGGUGUGCUUAAGUAAUGAGGGUUACUCAGAAAGGAAGUCGGAUUAUCAGACCAGGGACCACAUGUCUUAUGCUAGAACAUUAUCUCAUGAGGCCCAGUCUCCGACAUGUAGUUACACUAGUGAUAUAUAUACUGGGCACACAAACGUUAUGUCACCACCAGUUGUUCAGAAAGGAGUUAAAUCUCAUUCUAGAGGGUCGUCUUUAUCUUCGGUGGAUUCAUCUGACUCGUACCAAGGAUUUAUGAGCCCCUUGUCAACAGAUAACGGACCCCAUGAAUCUCAAAACUGGGAUCAGUCACAAUAUGGCUUAAAACACCAAACAAGUGUUCAACCCAAACCCGGUCCCCCAGUGGCUCAAAAGCCAGCAAGUAUUAGGAAAGGUCGACCCCAGUCUGGGCCUGCUUUGGGUCCGCUUGAAAAAGGUCAUAAGAGAAAUAGUUCAAGGUCAAGUCUAGAGUCAGUAGAAGAAAGUUUUGAGGGCCAUAGAGGCCCCAUUCCUGUCUCAUCCCCUGUCCCCCCGAGGGCCUCACAUACAAGGUCACUUUCUCAACCAAGCAAUACUGUUGCAUCCCAUUUUCCGGGAGGAAUUGAAAUGUCGGGGUCAGCAUCCCAGCCCAAUACUCCGUCUGUUUCAAUGUCAUCCCCCCACCACCAUUACCCUCUCCCUGGGUUUGACAAUCACUCAGUUCCCAAUCGAAACAAUUCCAGCCCUGCUAGACUUGCUGAUGAGGGACAAAACUGUUUUCCCUUUCCUGAGCAUGCGACAAAGGGGCCAGUGUCGACCCCUGCUUCAAAUUUCCAGCCACCCCAUCCAAGCUCGCCUCUCCCUUCUAUUGGCUGUAUGUCCCCUAGAUUAUCAAGCCAUAGGGUCUCAGGCCCUAAACAUGUGGCCCCUCCAGUAGUUCCAUGUACCCCACCAGCAGUUCCCUGUACCCCACCCACACCCCCUGUUCUUGUGCCCCCUACCCCGAGAAAUCCGAGCACAUCUGCCAAAACUCAUAAGAAGCGACCUUCUGGUGGGAAUAUUGUGGUAAACGGGAGUGACGCUUCGUCCGCUCAGCACGAUAUCGCGUUUUCUCCAAAAAGUAACAAUAAUAUGUGUAUUGAUAAGCAUAUAACAGAUAUGCAUGUACAAUCUGAUGAAAAGGACUAUGCAUCACUACCCUUCAUGGCUGAGUUAAAUCAACAUAUGACUCGGAGCCAUGAUCAUCCAUACGUGAAUGAAAAAUCAAAAGUUCCGCCAAAUGUACUUCCGAAGCCACACGAUCCAAAAUUGAACGGAAAUUAUUCCGGAUUAACCAUGAAUCAUUCGCAGGAGGUGUAUGGACAAUGUAUGUCCCCUCCUCCUCCAAAUUUGAAUUCAUCCAAUCAGCACACAGUGUCAUCCAAUCAAAAUGCAGGAAAGAAAAUAGGUCCUCCCCCACCUCCUAGGCGAAGCGAAACAACUAAAUUAUCAUCCUCGUGUUCAUCGAUGAAAUCAUCGCAAGACAGUGCAGCUGUGUUUGUAGAUGAUGUGCCAAACGACAUAGAUAGUGACCCAGUGUAUGAAAAUUAUGAGGGUUUGUUGGACGUAAAUGAGCUUCCCCCACCCCCUCCGGAGUUGCUAGCAGACUCUGGGGAUGAAAAUACCCAGGGUGAGGCUGUAGAGACCCCUAGGGUUGGACGGCCACCCCCACCCCCUCCCCCAAGACGGACAAAUAUAACCUAGUCUUACUUUUAGCACUGUUGUGAUAAAGCUUCAUAGUUUGUAGUUAACUCUUACUAAAGCAGUAUGUGAAAUUGAGAAAGUGUGUUUUGAAUUUUUAUAAAUAAAGGUGACUUUAUUGAGCAAAGGAGUGCUGAAUGAUUGCUAUUUAAGGAAAAUAUGGAUUGGUGUACAGUCGAGACCCGUUGGCUCGCUUUCCUCGUUGGCUCCAACUGAAUGUUAAAGAUCGAUUUUGAUUGAAUCUUUGUUUAUAUUACUGCUUGGCUCUAUAUUCGAGAGGCUCAAAGUAUUUUGGCCGGUCUCUGGGAUAUCAUGGCAACGGGUUUCGACUGGAGCAUGCGUUUUGGCUACCUAGUCUGACUAAUACUGCAUUGUAUUUUCAUGUAAUUUAGAACACAUUCAUCCUAGCCAUACACUUCUAUACUUACAAGCUGUCCCAACUACUUGGGGUCCGCCAUCAACAUGUGCAAGACUUUAUUUCAAGUGAAAUAUUUGGAUGGGAUUGGGAGAGGUUUUCCCGCUCUGUAGGACAUUUUGGAAGAAAUGCAGUAACGAAACAACCAUAUUCAGGCAUUUUGUACAUGGACAUUCAGUGAAAUUACAAUAAACACAAACCAUUUGGUACAUUUCAUGUAAAUAUGCAUCCUCAUAGCCUUCGAUUUCUAUUCCUGAUUUCAACAUACAUUUAGUGAAAUUACAAUAAAACGUAAACCAGACAAACACACUCCAUAUAUUUACAACUUAAACCUUUGCUUUUCAGUCCUUAUUUUCAAUAUUUAAGCACUUGCCAUUAUAAGGGAAACCAAAGUUGAUAUAAUUGUACACCCGGGCAUACUGGUUUAGGUACUCCCCCGGGCUGUGAUUUUAAGUACAUGUAAUAGUUUUGUCUUCAUGUAAGGGUAUCAUAUUACUUAAAACAAUCUGAAGAAUUUGCCAUAUUAAAGAGGGUUUCUUUUGCAAUAAAAAUAUCUUAUAUUGGGCACAAUAAAGGUUGAUGCCAAGAAUAAAGAAGUUUAAAUGCAUUUUCAUGUUUAACUCAUUUGUCUUGAUGAUCAAAAACAAAAAAGGCAUAUGAUUGGUGUACAACAAAUCAUUUGAAUUUAUAACUACAUGCCCACAAAUUCCCCUUUUAAAAAAGCGCCAAAAUAUUGCUAAUAUUUUUUUACAUGUACACAACUCAUAUCAUGGUGUUUUGUGCGGGUAUUAAACUUAAUACUUAAUAUUUGAGUUAAACAUGAGAAAUGCAUAAAAAAAAAAAAAAAAAAAAAAAUGGCAUCAGUAUUUGUUUUGCGCCUGUAAGGUACCGAAUCUGAUAUACAAACGACCUUAUCAUUUUAUCCAACCAUUGGUAAUAUUUACAUUUGUCAACUUUUAUAUGCCUGGUGACCCUGUAUAAUUUUGGUAUAAGCUGAAAGGGCAUCACUUACUUAUAUUCAAUAUAUGUCAAAAAUAAAUGACCGCAACAAUGAAUAGAUAAGGUUAUGGCAGUUUGUAAUUCUGUUCUUCAUUUUAACUAAUAUCAAACUUGAGAUGAAAUAUUUUGCAAUUUUUCAAGGCCAAAAAAGCUUGUUUUUAAAAUGGAAUUUGUUUUCUUUCCAAUAAUAUCAAAAUCAUAUAAAUAUGGGAUUCCCCAGGCAUCCGAAAUUUGUGUAAUUAUAUACAUAUUAUACCUUCAAGGGACUCGCUCAUGUUUUUGUAAAAUGCACUCCUUUUUUAUGACGAAAUAAAGUAAGAAUUGUUAAAACUAAGAUACUGACGGCAAGAACCCUUCAACAAACGUUGAUAUUAUGCUCAAAUAUUAUCUUCAAUGUCCAUGAUUUUGAAUAAUAUUUUCAACUAAAAGCUUAAAGGUUAAAUUAUCCCUCAGUUAAUGUAUGUGUCCUCGUGGGCGAGCAGUUUAGUUGUCAGUUUUUCUAAUUUUUUCCUGACUGUACUGGCUUGGGUUCGCUUCCCACUAAAACCAGGGAUUACUUGUACUUUUUUACUGCAAUUUCGGUUUCAAAGAGUAAAAUUAUUAUCAUAUAAGUGUUUCAGAUGCAUAAACGUGGAAAAAGAAUAUGGUCUAAAAACAUGAGCGAGUCCCUUUAAAGGAGCACACAAACAUUGACCUUAAAUUUUAGCGCUUAGUUGCCAUUAUAUUUUACGUCAUAAUAUAAUUUUUGUACUCUUAUUUUAUACCCAUACAUCGAAAAACAUCCAGUUUAUACCAUCUACAUUUUGUAAGAUCUUUUAGAAAUAUAUACAUGUAGUUAUACAUACAUAAGUUUGUUAGGAACUGUUUUUAAAACUAGGUCAGUAUUACAUUAGAAAUUAACUACAUUACAUCGCAAGAAGAGUAUGAAUCAAAACACAUUGUUUAUUGAUACUUGUAUUAAAUGUAAGUGAGGUUUUUUAUUAAAAUGAAUUAAAUCCCAUUUAGUAACAUCAUAUAUUUUUACACAUCAGUAUAGCUUUAUUAUUUAUGGUGCCAUAUUGGUUGAUUUUACAGCUUUUAAUUGAUACUGUUCAUUUUCUAUGUUGUUGCAUACAUAUACCAUUCUUGUACACCCGAGUGAUGAUGCUAUGGGUUAGAUUUAGCAUCGUCAAACCUCGGAUGAAUGAGAAUGUCGCAUACAGGUUGAAAUCUAAAUUGAAUACGUUUUUUUACGUCAAUGAAUUUUACUUUCUUUUAUGUUAUUUUUUAUGAAAAUUGCUUUUUAUAAAAAAUUGUAAAUAAGCUGGUAAACAGAAUUCAGGGUAGCUGUUUUUGAGUUGCGUUGUUUUUUAUUUGAAUGUAACACUCAUUAAUUAAACUAAAAUCAUUCUUAGAAUUGUACAAAACUUAAUGCUUGUCUUCGCUUGUUUGUAUUUAUGUGGCAUAACAUAUACAUGUUCGUAGAAUACAAUCGGUUAAAUUAAUUCUAGUCACACACUGAUAUUUCAGACAUUCAGAUUUUUUUUAGUCAUAAAUCAUUUUUGAGGGCAUAGACCGCUUAGUGGAUGACAGACUUACUUCCAUAUUUAAACAGGAGCAGUUACAGUCUCCUUACACUAAGCUAUUAAAAUGUAAUUGGAUUUGUUUUGGCCACUUCUUCUUUAUUUCUUGGUUUACAGGAGUUUUUGUCCAAUUUGUUUUCAUUUCGCGAGGGAAAUUGCCAUCUGCUAGAAUUCCAUGAGGAAAAAAAAGUUUACUUAAUUUUUUGGAUUAUCUUGACAACAAAAAAAAGUUUUCCCCCAAUUAAUCAAAAGGAGGGAAAAUUGCAAUUCUUAUCAGCAUCUGGAUAACAAUUUUAAUUCAGGCAGUAAUUAUUUUAAUUCUUCAUUGAUUAUUUAUCAUUUUCCUUCAGUAUAUUUUUAAAAUUUGCCAUUUUUUAAAUCCAACUGAAAAAAAUAUAUUCAUCUGAAUUGGACAAUUCAAUAAGAACCCCAAAAAUUACUUUUUUCUCCAAAUUGACACUUUUAUAAACCAAGGAAUAAAAAAGAAGUGGCCUGAACUACAAGCUGGGCUACAGUGACAUGUGCAUGGUAUCUGAACAUCUGUUUCUCAUUUUUACCAUCGAUUUAUAGGUUAGGUUACACUCAUGAUCAUUUAUUAUUUUACAAGGGAGACCACUCCAUUUAUGAUUUGUUUCAUUUAUUAACAAGAUUAGUUGCCCUUGGAAAGAAAGUAUAUGUAGAAUAAAAUAAAAACCUUUUUUUAGCAGAUGUAUUCUGUAUUACAGCAUACAUAAUUAAUUUUUUGGCUAUACUGGCCAUUAAUUGAAGGUUGUUUUUUUUCCAAAUGACUCAAAAAAUACUUGCUACCCCUAUUUUGUUCUUGUUAUAAUUUAUUUUCUUCAUUUUUAUUACGUGAUUAAGGGGAUGGCUGGGAAGUUAGCAAAAUAAAGAAAACACCUACCUUCUAGUGAUAAAAAGAUUAUAGAGUACAAUCAUUAAAAAAAGGUUGUCUAAAAUUACUGUUUCUAAUGUUACUUCCGGUAUUUUUUUUACGUAUUUUAUUUGUUAUAAGGAAAAAGUCGAGUAAAUGUCAAAUUUUCUUUAUGAUAAAUCAUUAUUGAGUGCAUUUUAGCAAGAGAGGUCAUCCUCUCAAAUGAUAUUAUGAACUUUUGAUUAUUGUCAGAUAGAAUAUCGAAUACUUGGUCUGAUUCAUUUCGAUUAUCGAUAGCAAACGGAGUCCGAUUUUCAAACACCACCUAAAAAUUCUUGGUAUAAAGUAAAUUAUUUAUUAUUUGUGGUCUAUCAGGUUUAAGACUUUUAAAAAUGUCUGAUAUUUAUAAAUGCAGUCAAAGUGCUUUAAGAAGAAUAUUUUAUGUAUUUUAAAUUUAAUUAUUUGAAUAAAUGUAAUUGAAUUUCUUUUUAAAUAUUUGCACAUUCCUAUUCAUUAAAGAUAUAUUUAAAAGAAUCUUUCUGUUCUUUAUUAUAGUAAGUACAUGUACAUGAAGGUAAAAUCUUAAAUAUUAAGAAGGGUGGAGCAAGUUGAGUCAUUAAGAUUAUAUCCUAAAUGUCUAAAGGUUGUUAUCUGUUCUCAUAAGGCAGGGAACAAAAUUAUGACAUCAUGUCUGUUAAGUUAAGUAAAAAUACAAAUCUUAAUGAUAAAGCAUGGUACUUAUUGAAUGCUGAUAUGCGAUUUCAUUGGCUGAAAAAAAUAUAGGUUAUAAUCAAAUGUAUGACUUAAUUGGAUUGGUUUGUUGAAAAACUUAAGACAGGAUUUGGGUUGAAUUUUUAAUUAAAGGGUAAAAGUUAAUGGUGCUAGUAAGUAUCUGCCUGUACAAAGUUUCAUUGAAGUAUAGCUAUUAAUAAUUUUACCCUGAACUACUUUUUUGCUUUUGUUUUGGUUGUCGUUAAAGUGUAUUUCAUUGUUUAAUGCUUUUUUGUUUCUAAAAUUGUAUAUAAAUUUUAACAACACAUGUAAACCAUAAAUAUUUUCUAGAAUCGGACUUUAAAAUUUAAAAUAACAAAUAAACCUUAUAAAUGUAUAGUAUAUUUUUAAAGCUGCAUUCUCACCAUUUUGACAAUGUUUUUAGUUUUCGUCUUGGACUGAGCCAAUUUUUGCGUCGUUCAUGUACCAGUGAUAUCAGACUGCUGACAAAAGAUCAGAUUGCAGUUUUUCAUAUUUACAUUCGAAAAUUGAUAUGAAUUGAUGCCAUAAUUAGCUGAUUCUGAGACUAAAAAAAAAAAAAAAAGUCAAACUGUCAAUCUGUGAGAGUACAGUUUUAAGAAAUAAUUCACAUGAUUGAUGGUUGAUUGAUAUUUAUUUGAACUUAUUUUGAAUAACAGCAUUUGCCAAUGUUUUCUUUAAAAAAUGCACUAAAUUACCUCCCUUUAUGUAUCACAUUCUCAUCAUGGUCACCAUUUAAUUUUGUAUUCAUGUUUUAAAAACAGUCACAUUGCAUCUUCAUCAUUGUUUCUGAUUACAUGAGGACAUGGUUGCAAUAAAGUCAUAUUUACUAGAAAAUUUGAUUUACUAAUAAAAUGCUAAAACUA